GUGUCGACGCGGACGCGCCAAAAAAUAUUUUCCAAUGAAAUGCAUUCCUAGGGCCUGGUUGUAAAAAUAUUUAUCAUUUAUUAUCAACAAAGCCCGACCACAGCGGAACAACAUCAACAAUACUUCUAAGUGCAUAGGUAUUUUUGUUAAGAGAAAGACAUUGAGUAUAAAUAAGUUGAGUCGUCCUCGUGACGGCGACGUAUUGAUGACAACUUUACAAUUUUAGGUGCCAAAUAAAAUGAGUCCGCACUAAAGGAUGUUGGGUACUAUAGUUAAAGUUGGUGAACAUCACGGUGAUCGUCGAUGAACACGGUCGUGAAGCAGGUGCAGCCUGGGCAAAAAUAGUACCGCAGAAAGAGCUUCUGCUUCGAUAUCGCAGCUCGGAAAGCGGAACAUCAAGCCAUCGGAGUAGAGUAUUCUAUUGAUAUCAUGACGAAGACGACGAAGUUUCACACGGGAGGUAGUUGUGGCGGACCAGCCCACGGGCAGCAGCAGCACCACCACCAAAAUCCGCCUCCCCCUCCCCCGUCCACGACGAGUACGACUACAGCAGCAGCGAAUAGUAAUUACCCGGUACAGCUUCUACAUGGACAACAACAACAUCACCAGCACAAUACUAAUUACAGUGCUGUACCCAACCAGAUCAUGCAACAGCAUCCUGUGUUGACAGUCGAGGAGAACAUCAGCCUCGAAGAGCGACACCCCUACGACCACGACCAAGAACAUAUUAGCCCGGGAGACGAGGACCUCCACGUUGACCAUGACCAUGACCACAACUAUCACGACAACGACCACGACGAACACGACAGCCAGCACGAGGACCAGCAUUCCCAGUACGACGACGACUGCAGCAAUCACUCGGAACUAGACGAGGAGGAGCUCGCGGAGAGACAGCACAUUAUCCAAAAAACUAACAACGUCGACGUGUCGCGUGCGACGACCCCAGAGUUGAUGUCAUGCAGAUUUGCAAUGACAACAGCUGAUAAACACUUGUGAUCAUCAUGCGCAGCCAGCCCAUGACUGGCAUUUGUUCCAUGUUUUGAUACAAACUUGUAAUGCUGUAAAGAGGAUAAAAAUUAUCAGGUGGACAUGGAUUAUUUGUAAAAAUGCGGCUGUCCUUGCUAAAAACCUGCACUACACGACUAUCGGGACUGCAAGAACUUGUCACGCGUGACUCUGAAAUAACCUAUGUGUCGCGAAAUCAAUAAUUAAUCUCCAUCUAGUUGUACUUGUACUUGAGGACUCUGGGGUCGUGUGGGCCCCCGGCCCGUUCUAUUUCCUCAGGAUACACGUUCCGCUGUACCCAUCCUCCUCACAUGACUGCGACGAGGAGUACCUACCGCCCUCCGGCUAUGGAAGCGUCAGGUUUGAAAUCGUCAAAGUUGAAAUAAUUUGUAAUGCAUAAAAUGCGACACAAAAAGCGACUCUAUUGCAGAGGACCCACGGGCGGCAGAUUAUAGUCCUGGUAAGGGUCAAAAGUUGGACUGCUAACUAGCAUGACAGAAGGCAGCUCCUUUGCCCUAAACCGCAUGACAGACUCGCUUCCAGGACCGGGAAAAUUUGUCAUGCACCGACUACAAACUGUAGGUCUAACUGGUAUCCGUUUUAUGCAUGACAAACUAUUUCAACUUUGACGAUUUCAAACCUGACACAUCCAUACCGGCACCGGAUCGGCCCGGGGAAGUUACCACGACCACGGGUCCAACCACGGGGAUGGUACCAUGAGCAAUUCGGGAAAUAACCACCACUAUGGAUUGUAAAAAUGUCUGGGCCUGGAAGGUUGGAACUUGUAAUGCGGGUCAUGCAUUCCUGGAAAAUCUGUGUUGCAUGAGCAGCAAAAGAGAGGCUUUCUUUGUCAUGCAAAAACGCAGUUUGUAAUGCGUGCUAGGCAUCAGCAGGCCUCUCAAAAGCUUGUCAUGCUUGGCUGCCAUUGGAAGCGCUUCAAUCAUGCGCAAUUCAGCAUCACAAGUUUCCAGACCCAGACAUUUUUACAGUUGAUAACCACUACAGCCAGGACGGCACUAGUUCCGGCAAUCCGGGCGGGGUUUGUUCGUCUGGGGAGAUGAAUCAUUUCCAAGGUGGAACUACAUCCAAUGUCAACACCUCCGGGGGAAAUAUGAAUUCGCAGCAGCAGCUCCAAGCGGGCGGGCAGCAGCAGCAGCACCCAACCAGCACCGGUGGUCAGCAUCACCACCACAACUACGGUCGCGUACACAUGAACGGGGGUGGCCACCCGGCGAGCAUAUCAAAUGCAAAAAUGUCUGGGUCUGGAAACUUGUGAUGCUAAAAUGUGCAUGAUGAAAACACUUCCGAAUGCAGUCCAGUAUGACAAUUUCCCAAAACGCUUUCCCAUAGGCAAUCUGCAUGAGAAACUGCGUUUUUGCAUGACAAAAGAGGCUGCGGCUUUUGUUGGUUAUGCAAUACAGAUUUCCCAGGAAUGUAGAGCUAGCAUUACAAGUUCCAACCUUCCAGACCCAGACAUUUUUGCAGUGCAUAGAGCACCAGUGGCAGCAAUUUCGCGCAUCUCGAAGGGACUGGAGCGGAGGCGGACGGCCACUACAACCAGUACUAUAACGACCACCAGUUGGCGAUCAUCCAAAAUUACGGGCACAACCCGGAGGGGAGAAUCGCCUACGAGGGCUACGAUGGGUACGGGCAGCCCACCAUCGGCUUAGGGGUGGUCGGCUUCAUAUGCAUUGCAAAAGCAUCUUCGCGCUAGUAGUUGUAGCAAUCGAAUUUUGGCAUCACAAAGGUUCCAUAAUACAGCAGUUCGAAAGUCAGUGAGGUGGAAUUUCUGAUGCUGAUUCAGCUAAGAAAGGAAAUGUGCUGUCAUGCAGUCUGGCAAAAAUUCGUACGAGUGCGAUACUUCUUUUGCAGAGGAUAGUUCACGGGCGUCGACGACACGAUCGAACCGGCGAAGCUGUGCGACAUGUCGGAACAGUACUCUUUCGUCGAGUGGGGUGUGUUGCUUCAUAAGGAGCGGGAGGGGAAGCCGCGGUAUGCCUCGCAAAAGUGGAUAAACCGGCUGCGCGACGAGGUGGAGCGGCGGCAGAAGGACCGGUGCGAAGCCGGACGAAAUAACCUGAACGGGUCCGCCUGCGCGAACGGGGGUGGCGGCCACGGACACCCUCAACGGCCCCGAGGUAGAAAGAAAAGUACGAAAUACUUGUUCAUCUUCUGUGUGGCUUGCUAUAAAAUUUUUGAAUUUUUGAUCACGUGACGCUGCUGCACUGCGAGCCUUUAUACGAAGAAGUGGUAAGAAGUCCCCUAGUACGAACGACGAACAACGUAUUAAUUGCACUUCCUUAUCAGGUGGCAAGAAGCAGACCCAAGGGUACCAAAUUCGGCUCGCCGCGCAUCUUGGGGGUGAGUACUGCCUCCAAGCACUCAACGGGGAUGACAAAUUCAUCCGGGAAACGCUAGUGAAAGAGCUUGGGUACAACUACUUUUUUGAAACUUUCUGCUGCAGUAACCUAAAUAUUGCACUGGUGAUGUUGAUGACACCAUGAUGCGAAUAAGUAAGUGUGUUGCGGUUCUUGCGACAUCAACAGCUUGAACUUCUAUCGCAAAUUAGUAAAGGUACUAGAUACGAACGAUUACGAGCGAAACAAUAAACAGGUUUUCCCGUAUCCAGCUGAACCCUACCAAGCCGAACGGCGUGAACGAGUCAAAUCUGUUGAAGUUUAUGAAACCCUUGCAGCAGCUGUUGGGCACGUUCGAACGGGAGUUCGAGCACGUGGAGUUCAUAUUCCAGGUGAACAAGCAAACCAAGGACUUGGCAUUCGCGCUGAUGGAUGACCCAAGGCCAAAUCUCGCCUUCCUCUACGACAGCAGCAUGGGAGCAGGGAAAACGCCGUACACUUUUUGAAUAAUGAUUCGUUUGGUGAUAAGAAAUAGAAGCAGGAUCUUCUUUUGCUGGAUGACAAUGACCACGACGUCCACGUACUGAUAUGGCUUCACUUGUUGAAUGGGAAGUAGAACCCGCGCGGCGACAAAUGAUCUUUCUAUAGGAAGAGCCCUUACUAGCGCUGCAACCCAAGAACUACGUUGGUCCCCUUGGUCCAACAAUCUUGAAUGUACUUAAAUUUUUCUCAAUUGCAGUGCCCGCCGCCCCGUGCCGCUCGCGCACCCAGGCGUGCAUGUCGGCUACGCAGGGGGGAUCGGUCCCCAUAACUUGCGCGACGAGCUGAAGAAGGUCAUGACGGCCGUCGUGAACAGUGACGACCAGCAGCAAAACUACACCAAUCUCCACGAGGAGCGCACAAUAUGGCUGGAUAUGGAGAGCUCUCUGCGGAACAAGGAGGACCUCUUUGACAUCACCAGGUGCGAAUCGAUUGUGGGGCAGCUGUUCGACAUGGGGGUGCUACGAGAUGCAGAUUGAUACAACUUCUUUUUGUCAUCACAUCUUCGUCGUGUUGAAGUUGCACACCAGGACGACGAGAGGAUUUGCAGAUUGCUGUUGCUCUUCGAGGUUCUUGUUCACACGAAAAAGAUAAAUGAAUAAUAAAGCGACCUUCUUUAUUUUACGUUCCUGAUAAAGUACACGUACACCCGUUAUACUUUUUAGUUCCCGCUGAGAACGAGGGCGAGCCCAGUACUCAGUUAGUAGAAGUUCUUCUUGGCACAAACGACUAAGACUCGUUGAAAAUUAUACGCGCCAGGAUCAUGUACUUAAGCAAGUAAGUAAGCGCCGCCGUCGACCGAUAU